AUGCUGCACAACUUGUGGAAGGCCAGGCAACUCAAGUUGGACGGCGAUCCCGGAUACUGCCUGGCGAAGAGGGUGCGAAACCAGGUGUACUACGAUACCUCCACCGAUCUGCUCGCCAAAGGAGCCGGGAAUCAAUGCACUGCCGCCGAGUGCAUGGUUGCUGCUUUGAAAGUGUUCUCGGGGGGGGGAAACAAAGGCAUACCGACCGAGAUCGUGCGCGCCAUGUGCAUGUAUUAGUGUCACCUCCUGGCUGCUNCGUCCUUUAGAACUAUACAAGUAUAAUGUUUUAGCUGCUGGUUUGCACGACUGAAAUGCACCCUUUGUUUUCGAGUCCCAUCAUCAAUUGUGCCGCUGCCUUCAAGAUAGAUCUGAAUGCACCUUUAUUUUAUCCGAAACAUCUCGGAGGGGGAAGGGACCCUUUCGAAAGAUAGACCACAACGAGGUGGGAGGGAUAUGCCCACCCGUUUGUAUUUUUGGAACACGGCUACCAACCCCUCCUUGCACGUAUCGAUUGAGCACAUACAUGUGCGGUUUUUUCUGCCCACCGCGUUUUUUUUUUUCGUUGAAGAGGUGGAAGGGUGAUCCUCCCUCCCUCACGUAUGUUUUUUCACACGACUACCGAUCCUUCCUUGCACGUAUCGAUGGAGCACACAGAGGUGGGCGUGUUUUCUGCCCGCCGAGACAGUUUUUUUUUUUACGGUGAAACACAACGAGAAAGGAGGGAGGUUCUCUGCCCCCCACAACCUUUUUUUAUUUAGGACACGGCAAUCGAUCUGUUCAAUGCCUUCAAAAUUGCUGAACUCGCCGAGAGCAACAACAGCACAGCUUUGGCAGCGGGAAAAAAAAAUACUCCAGGACGAAUUUUGCAUACCCCCUUUCAAUCUCACGCCCGCAAAACACGAACUACGAGGAAGUCCGGCUGGCGGUUUUUUUUCGCCGCCCAUUCCUCUCGGACCUUCCGGCAGAUUUUCUGCCCCUUUCGCUGAUGCUACUUGUCAGCAAAAACCUGCAAGCCCACCCCUGCAGCGGUGCACUCUGCACACACCCGAGCUUUUUUCCCUCCCGUUGCAUGUUCGACUGUCUGUCCCAGANCGUUCCGUUGACUAUCCGCGCCUGGCUGACAUUUUUACCAUCAUUAUGGCGUUUUUCCACCGGCGGCCAGAGAACCGCGCUCGUUUUUCGUGUAGAAUGCAGAAACGCACCGGUUGUAUUUCUAUUUCGGACGCAAAUAGUCUAACAAAUUGCAUGUUCGACUGUCUGUCCCAGAUCACGCGGUACGAAUCGUACCUCCAUUCAGCAUCGCUCUGAACUGCGUCGCUCCUCCGGGGUGGAGACCCGGACAUUCCGUCGCCACCCUGCCCUAUCUCGCGUCGCGAACGUCCAGUGGAUCCAACAAAUCCGAGCCAUCGCAGGAUAACACAUCGCUCUGUUCCUCGAUCUCCCCCUCUUCAUCAUUCUGUACGCCAACAACACCAGAUGCCAGCUCACCCUCUGCCUCCGAGCCACCGCGGGAUAACACACCAUUUUGUUCCUCGGUCUCCAUCCAAUCGUCACCCUCUACUCCUACAACACUAGAUGACUUACGCGGGACACCGAGCUCGCCCUCUAUCAUUCCAUCUGCGCUGAACUCCCCUCUCUCGCUUUCGGGGGAGGCAGGUCGGUCAUCCCUAGUGGAUUUCUGGAAGUUGUCGGGUCGAGGUUCUCCCCGCUCGCGAGGCUCCCCUAUGUCGGCGUGCUUGGAGCCACCCCAUGGGGGGCAAACGCCCCCUUCGCCCCCAGUUACGGCAACAUAGUUUUCCUUGAAGUGCAUCCCCACCGACGCCAAAAGCUGAAGAGGUCUCGACAGAUUCGUUUGGCGCCUCGUGCUUCCAAGCUCUUUGAGCUCUACCGAUCCUAGAAAAUGCUGAAUUGCACCUAGUCGCCAGCCAACCAUUUUCUCGACGCCACCGUGUCUUAGCCAACAACCGGCCGGUCCUUUACGGUUCAACCCUCUCUGGACUUCGACUACCGUCAACGGUCGGUUGUCCGUUGUAGAUGCGUCCAUCAUGUGGGUCUGGACAAAGAAUGCGAACGCGCGCGACGCGGCGGGUGGUGUCCUGCCUUAUCUGUCCCGACGGUAAUCACGCCGGGAAAUUUCCAGUCUAAAUCCCUAUUAGUCUAAUAGGCAUAUUUACUGCUGUAAAUUCCGCUUAAAUGGAAAACGCUUUUCUCCGUUGUUUAUGAUCAGACUCCGGUUUUGGGGCAUUCACACGAACGCUAUGGGUCAGGGCCAUCUUUUGGAAGCGUCAAAAAAAAAAUGCUCAGUACUUGCACUGUCUAAAAACGCCUAUAUGUGCAGAAAAACGCACACUUUUGGGAGCCAGUACACCGAAACCGAAAUUUUGAAGGUUUGGCAACCGAACGCACCAAAACUCUUCGGAGGGCGUUGCAUGUUCACAGACUACCUAUAUCAGUCGCCUUUUGCACGGCGCCUCGUGUGUACAGCUUUUCCGAUCGGCUUGACCGCCCCUCAGCACCCCAUUUGGCGGAAAUCAUGUCCUCAUUUCCAGAGGGUGAGGAAACACCGACGCCGACACGUUCCUAAACUUCUGCGGGCACUGCACGACCGUCACACAUAUGGAGCACACCCUCAGCGUGCGAGUACGUGAGUUC